AUGGAUCUCUCUCAAAUCGACCCGGACAGCCAGAGCCAGCCAGUUCCGUCGUACAGCGCCCCGAUCACCUCGCAGCAGCAACAACAACAACAACAACAACAGCUUCAGCAGCCCAUAGGUUCUAGGGUCGAAGCAAAUGAUGCCUACGCCAUGCAAAACACCAUGUCUGGUGUGGGCGCGGGGCCUUUGCCUACGGGCUUUGGGGCACAGAACAUGAACCCGUCGGGCAGUAUGCUGACCGAGUUUACGAAGCGGCGGAACUGGUCGCAGCGCGUGCUGGACGAGCUGAGGGACUUCCUGCAUAUCCUCACGCCUGACGGCCGCAUCAUGUAUGUGUCGCCGUCAUGUAAGGACAUCACCGGCUACGAGCCUGUCCAGCUAGUGGGCCGCUUCGUGAACGAACUGAUCCACCCGGACGACAGCGGCAUCUUUGUCCGUGAGUUCAACGAGUCUAUCGCCUCGGGCAACCCGCUGCGCUUCUUCUACCGAUUCCGCAAGGAAGACGGCUCGUGGAUCAUCUUCGAAUCGCACGGUCACCCGCACCUCUCUACCGACAGCACCUUCACUCCCAGUGGUCCCACAUUAUGCCGCGGGUUCUUCAUGAUGGCACGGCCAUACCCGACCAAAAACGCCGCGCUCCUCGACUCCUUCCUCGAACACAAAAUUGAAAACGAGAGGCUCACAAAGCGGGUAGCGGAGCUGAAGCGGGAGGAGCAAGAGGAAGAAGAACAACAGGAGAGGCAUUGGAGCAGACGGACGGAAGGAUACUCGUCAGUCUCGCAGUCCGAAACCCAGCGGACUGACGCGGAGUCGUCAUCGCUCAAUGAGUCGAAAGCUAUGCCACCACCAGCGAAACCCGUCGCUUUGAACACGGCUCUCACCCGGCAAAACCUCGACGAAGCACUUUCUGCGACUAAAGCCGAUAGUAUCAAUGACAAGAUGGCACGAUACGAGGGCGCCACGCAUUUGGAGACAAUCGAGAUGUUGACGGGGUUGCGAUAUCGCGACGGAGAACGAUCACAAGGCAUCAGUACUGGGGACGCGAGCCCCUUGCUAAUCAGGGGAGAUGUCGGGAUCCAAAUAUCCCUGGACAAAGACCAGAGAGGUUCUUUGGAUAAAAAAAAGAAGCUGAAGAUUGCCGACGAGUAUGUGUGUACGGACUGCGGGACUUUGGAUUCGCCUGAAUGGAGGAAAGGUCCAAACGGACCAAAAACUCUAUGCAAUGCCUGUGGAUUGCGGUGGGCGAAGAAAGAAAAGAAACGGCAGGGCGGUAACACAUCCAUCUCACACCCAGCGAAUAUACCUCAACAACCUAGUGAAAACCAGAGCAUACAGACGAACUCAAAUUCGAAUACGACUACAAACACGAAUAACAGUUGA